AUGCUUGCCCUGGGAUCACAAAGUUAUGUAUCUUAACAUUGUAUGUAGUAGUAUCAGGUUAACAGUGAUACCUCAUUUGAAGAAGAGCAAAAACUACAUUCUAUUUACUCAUGUUACUCUUGGCCUAGCAACUCUGGUAACCAAGGAUAACCUUGACCUCAUGAUUCUCCAGACAUCACCUCAGGCCAGAGCCACCACUCCAGGUUUGAGAAUACAUUUAAACCCGCUAGGGAAAGGGAAGAGUACAAAACAAAACAAAACUUGCAAAGGCGACUAAAUCCAGACACUCGCCCAACUUCGCUCAACACGCAUGCGUUUCAGCUGGUUUCCGGAAUGGCAACCAAUCAUCUUCCUGCUGCAAAGUCGGCGGCGGAUUCUUCAACCCGACCGGCUGCGGCCAGUCCCGCCCCCCGGGUUCCACUGUGUCACUGGCGGGAGACUGAUGGGCGUCCGAUCCGUGUCGGUUGCACCGCGGUCCGGGCGGCUUCCUCAGCGGAGCCCCGCUGCUGCUGGGCAUCAUGAGCGGACGGCAGAGAACGCUCUUCCAGACGUGGGGCCCGAGCCUCGUGCGAGGCGCCGGCGCUCCGGGCUGCGGCCAGCCGCGCUCGCCCGCGGUGACGGAGUCUCUCCCGGAGGAGGACGAUGAGGUGCUGUUGGUGGCAGCGUACGAGGCUGAACAGCAACUGGAUCCCGGGGAUGGCGGCUUCUGCGCGGCUGCGGGCGCCCUGUGGAUCUACCCCACCAAUUGCCCCGUGCGCGACUACCAGCUGGACAUCUCCAGGACCGCGCUGUUCUGCAACACCCUGGUGUGCUUGCCCACCGGUCUGGGGAAGACCUUUAUUGCCGCCGUGGUCAUGUAUAAUUUCUACCGCUGGUUCCCUUCUGGCAAGGUGGUUUUCAUGGCACCCACGAAGCCCCUGGUGACACAGCAGAUGGAAGCCUGCUUCCACGUGAUGGGUAUUCCACAGUCUCACAUGGCUGAAAUGACAGGUUCAACUCAAGCUGUCAACAGGAAGGAGAUAUGGUCUAGCAGGAGGGUUCUUUUUCUUACACCUCAAGUUAUGGUAAAUGACCUGACUAGAGGGGCUGUCCCUGCUGCCCAUGUAAAGUGUCUUGUGGUUGAUGAAGCUCAUAAGGCUCUUGGGAACUACGCUUACUGCCAGGUUGUAAGGGAACUGGUCAAAUACACCAAUCACUUUCGAAUCUUGGCUCUUAGUGCCACACCAGGUAGUGAUAUCAAGGCUGUGCAACAGGUGAUCACUAACCUACUAAUUGAAAAGAUAGAGCUUCGUUCGGAAGACUCUCCGGAUAUUUUGCCUUACUCUCACGAAAGAAGAGUUGAAAAGCUUGUUGUUCCCCUUGGGGAAGAACUAGGAGCCAUUCAAAAGACAUAUGUCCAGAUUUUGGAAACAUUUGCCAGUUCUUUGAUUAAGAGAAAUAUUUUGAUGAAAAGAGACAUUCCCAACCUAACAAAAUACCAGAUAAUUCUGGCAAGAGAUCAAUUUAGGAAAAAUCCAUCCCCAAAUAUUGUGGGAGUUCAGCAAGGCAUAAUUGAAGGGGAGUUAGCCAUCUGUAUUAGUUUAUACCAUGGUUAUGAGUUACUGCAGCAACUGGGAAUGCGAUCAUUGUAUUUCUUUCUCUCUGGAAUCAUGGAUGGAACCAAAGGAAUGACAAGGGUAAAAACUGAGCUCAGCCGGAAUGAGGACUUCACGAAGCUCUACAGUCACCUGCAGAGCGUGUUUGCCCACGUGCGAGAUGCCGCUGCAGCCAGCGAGGCUUCGGCUUUCCAGAAAGGAAAUAAAGAGAAAAAAUUUGUCUAUAGUCAUCCAAAGUUAAAGAAACUGGAAGAAGUUAUACUUGAACAUUUCAAGUCAUGGAAUGCUAAAAACACCACUGAAAAGAAGUGCCAGGAGAGCAGAGUUAUGAUCUUCUCUUCGUUUCGAGAUAGCGUUGAGGAAAUUGCAGAGAUGCUUUCCCAGCACCAGCCAGGUGUGAGAGUGAUGACGUUUGUUGGCCACGCCUCAGGGAAAAACACAAAGGGUUACACCCAGAAGGAACAACUGCGGGUGGUGAGACAGUUCCGUGACGGUGGUUAUAACACCCUGGUUUCCACCUGUGUUGGAGAAGAAGGUUUGGAUAUAGGGGAAGUGGAUCUCAUAAUAUGCUUUGAUGCCCAGAAGAGCCCAAUCCGCCUCAUUCAGCGCAUGGGUAGAACUGGCCGCAGACGGCAAGGCAGGAUUGUUGUCAUCCUCGCUGAAGGACGGGAAGAGCGUACAUACAAUCAGAGUCAGUCCAACAAAAAAAAUAUUUAUAAAGCUAUUUCAGGUAACAGACAAGUGCUUCGUUUAUACCAAGGAAGUCCACGAAUGGUUCCUGAUAAAAUCAAUCCUGAAUUACACAAAAUGUUCAUCACACAUGGUGUCUAUGAAUCAGAGAAGGCUCGGAGUGUACAGCGAAAGUCGUUCUCCUCAAGGAGUGGAAUAAAAGCUGGUAAUUCGAAUAAAGAUGGGCUCUUGUCAGAAGAGGAAUUUAACCUAUGGAACAGACUCUAUAGGUUAGGAGACAGCGACACAGUUAAAGGAGUGGCUUUGCCUCGGUCUCACUUCCUGUCUUUACAGGAGGACAGAGUGGCUCAAGAACCAACCACUGGAAUUCACCAGCUCUCUCUCUCCGAGUGGAGUCUCUGGCAAGAUCAUCCGCUUCCUACGCAUCAGGUUGAGCAUUCGGAUCGAUGCCACCAUUUCAUCAGCAUCAUGCGAAUGAUAGAAGGAAUGAGACAUGAAGAGGAUGAAUGCAGCUAUGAAUUGAAAAUUAAACCUUUUCUACAAAUGGAAGAUGUCUACUCAAAAUAUAAUGCUCCAAGGAAUGGAUAUAAGAAUGUAGCCAGUGUCACCAGAAUUGCUCCCAAGAAGUCUUCAUUUAGACCGAGUGUCGAUGCAGGAGGCUCUUUGUCAGUGACAGAGUCUGAGGAAGGGUGUGCUGACACCGUUGAACAAAUGGAUUCUGAAUGGACCAAAAUUACUUCUCUAAGGGAAAAAGCCACAACAGUGGGAAAAGGCCAGACUCGUGAGCAAACUGAUGACGACCAUGAUGAUGCAGACUCUUCAGACAGUGACAGGAAUUCUCCUGCAGACGUUGUUUCCCGGGUACCACCCAGUGGUGAAAGAGUGGCAGAUGUAGGUGGAAUCCCCAUCCUGGGUGCUGUUACUGAAGAUGAUAGCCAUACAGGAACAUUGUUAAUGGAGUGUCAGGUCACAGAGAAGUCACUUGCCAGGUACUCCUUAGAUUCUGGUUAUAGUAGUUUCAGUGAUGAUAAAUCUCUGUCCUCACAUUUGUUUCUUCCAUUGGAAGAAGAGCUGUACACAGAGAGAGCAGCUGAACUGUUUUAUCGUUGUCAGCCCAUGACAGAAGAGGUACUGGCUAAUGUGGAGAAAUUUCUAUCUCAUUCUCCCCCUUCCCUCAGUGGACUCUCAGACGUGGAGUAUGCCGUUACUCAGGGUUUUGAACUUGACAAUGAGUCCUGCUUACCCUACCCAGAGCGUGAACACAGUCCUAAACCUGGAUCACCCUACCCAGAGCGUGAACACAGUCCUAAACCUGCUUCUCUGGCAUUAUACACUGCUGUGAAUUCUCAAUCAAACUUAGAAUUGAAUUCAGCUAAACAUACUAAUCCUCCUUCUGAAAAAGAUUGUCUCCCUGCCACAACUCAUAAUAACAUUCCUGAUCAGCCCUCCUUCUGUGACUCUGAUAGUGAAACCCACAAUAUUAAAAAUCAGAAUUUAGUAUCUAACAGUUAUGGUCAAAUACAAGUAAACCUUGAAAAUAAUUUGGUUGACGAGAACAGCCAUGAUGAUAGUGAGCCCCCAGUAUUGUUCACUGAUGAGGAUGAGAGUUUACUGUUAUUUGAAGAUGAUUUGAAGAAUAUUGAAGAUGGUACUGAAGAGUUGAAUGGGGUGGGCCUUCCUCCCUUGGACAGAAUCAGUCAACCCCUCUGUGUGUCAGAUAAAACUCUCAUAAGUGAAAUGCCUCCAGUCUCUCACUUCUUAAUUUCGGAUGAGUUGUUAGAUGAUGAUUCUGAGCCUGAAGAUCAAAUCAUUUGUGAUACCAAGUGUUGGGAAGGUGUGGAGGGCAGAGAUGAAGAGAUAAAAACUGAGGGGCAGCCUUUCGACUGCUCUGCGGACUUAUUCUCUGUUACCUUUGACUUAGGAUUUUGUAGUUCAGGUUCUGAUGAUGAAAACCCAGCACGUGCAUCUGAUAGGAGUAGCACCCUGGGAACAGCCGAAGUGCCUGGACGACAUUCCGAUAAGGAGGUAAAGGAUGCCAGUCAUGCUUCAGGUCCACUGGGUGGAACCAUAUCACCCAUCCCAAGUGAAAAAAUGCCGUGGUCGCCCUGCGCACAGAGUAAGGAAUGCGCACCUUUCCACUCUGCUCUGUCCUUACCAGUGAGGGAGAGAGCCAUGAGUACGCCACUUUCUAAGGCACAUCGGAGUUCUAAGACAGGAGCACACGUGCUCAAGACACUGGACUCUACCAAGGAGAAAGCCGGUGGACAGGGUUUCAAAGUGACAUUGAAUCCAAGAUUCGACAAUUUAGGAUUUUCUGUAGAAGAGACCAAAAGCAGUGAUCAGCUCUCAGUGUAUCAGUCCCCUCGGUGCCCUAAAGUUGAACACUUAACUAGUGAAAGCGAAGAUGAUGUUUUCCUGAAAAAAACUAGAAAACCAAAAGGAAAUGUCCUGAAGUCCCCCGAGGAUCAGAAAAACAAUGAAGUUGAUUCUCCUAUUCAUGUUGUAAAAAAGUCCAGGGUGCUUAGGUCAGAAUUAUCAUCUAGCGACGAUGAGAGUGAGAAUUUUCACAGACCAUGUCCAAAAUUGGAAUACUUCAAGGAUCGUAACAGGAACACCAGAAAAGGCUCCAAAGCCCAAAAGAAACGGAUUCAUAUGAAGGCUCUAGCUCGGGGGUUCUUAGACGAGGAAGCAGAGGUCUCUGGAGAAGAUGCGGACUGUGUCUCAUCAGAUGAGGGUGAUGACUCUGAGAACGAGAAGGAUUCCUCACUGCUUGAUUUUGUAAAUGACCGGACCCAGCUUUCACAGGCUAUAAAUGAUUCUGAAAUGAGAGCUAUUUACAUGAAAUCUGUGCGUAGUCCAUUGAUGAGCACUAAGUACAAAAUGGUCCGUGAGAAACAUAACAGCAUGAACAUUUUCUCACAGAUUCCUGAGCAAGAUGAAAACUAUUUAGAGGACAGUUUUUGUGUUGCUGAAGAAGAGUCUUGCCGAAGCCAAUCAAGUGAAGAAGAAAUUUUUGUUGACUUUAACUUAACUAAAGAUUCCUUCACAGAUGAGGAUAUAAGGUAUAAAACUCGGCAUGCAGUAAAGCUCAAACAAAUGAACAAGAAACAAAACUGUACACGGUCAAGAAAGAAACUGUCUAGAAUUAUCUUACCAGACAGUGAUUCAAGUGAGGAAGAAAACACUGCGAAUGGCAGAGAAGAUCCCAGUGCUGGUGGCCAUGCUGCUGACAAGCACACACAGCAGGGCCAGCUCUGGGCUUCAGGGCCAUCUGGGUCAGUGCAGCCCAAGGUCCUUUGUAAUCCAGCAGGGAAUCAGUCAUCAGGGCAGAGACUACAGGUGCUACCAAACAUAAUGGAUGCCGUUCCUGGAGCCUUGAAUGUGAGGGCUCAGAGCCAUAAUCAAACCAAAUCUACGUCACCACCAUGUGCUAGCGUUGAGUCAAGGAAGGAGUGUGGGAACCGUCCAGUUCAGUUGAAGGUUGGUGAUCAGGACACUUCAGCAGCACCCUGCUCUGCUUCACUGCUACCUGACGCUGAGGUACUCAUAGCCCCUAGACAUCCGCGAGAAGGAAACAGGGCCUGCAUUCUUGUAGACAGUCGAGAAAUCACUACCGGUUUGGAAGUCAUUUCUUCGCUACGAACAGUUCACGGGUUACAAGUGGAGAUUUGUCCUCUUAAUGGCUGUGACUACAUCGUAAGCAACCGAAUGGUAGUAGAAAGGAAGUCUCAGUCUGAAAUGUUAAGUAAUACUGCUAAGAACAAGUUCAUCGAGCAGAUUCAGCGCCUGCAGAGCAUGUUUCAAAGAAUAUGUGUGAUUGUGGAAAAAGACAGAGAAAAAGCAGGAGACAUAUCAAAAAUGUUUAGAAGAACAAAGUGCUAUGACAGUUUGCUGACUGCCUUAGUUGGUGCUGGAAUCCGAAUCCUUUUCAGCUCUGGACAAGAAGAAACUGCAGGUUUAAUAAAGGAGCUGUCGUUGGUGGAACAAAGAAAGAAUGCCGGGAUUCAUAUUCCAGCAGUGCUAGACACUGGUACAUGUGAGGCACUCCAGUUCUACUUAAGUAUUCCCGGUGUAAGUUAUGUGACUGCCUUAAAUAUGUGUCACCAGUUUUCAUCUGUGAAAAAGAUGGUGAACAGGUAUGUCUACUUUACUAGUAUUUUUAAAUGGUUGCUAUUUCUUAAAUUGUAUUAGUGUGUGCGUGCACGUGUGCAUGUGCAUGCGUGUGGAUGUGCAUGCGUGCACGCAUCCCCCUGCCUACCACACUGUUCACAUCAGUCACAGAACCGGUUUUUUUGCCAGUUCUCUCCUACCAUGUGAAGUCUGAGGGACCACAUCCAAGUGAUGAUGCCCAGCAGCAGACACAUUUACCCAUCUUGAUGGUUUGGAAAAAAGCCUUUAUGACUAAUUUCUCCUUUCUUUAUGCUUAUCCAGAGUUGUUAAGAAUGAUAUCUUGGAAUUCCCACUGGUUCCUUAGUAUUUUUUACAUCACCCCUCCCCUGCCUCCUAGCCUUUCCCAGCUACCUUCCCUCAAGCCUAUCCCAUGCCCUUCCCAAGCUGAUAGCCUCCUUUUAUUAUUGUUACACAAGUAUUUUGUAUGCACAAAUAUAGGAAGAGACAACCCGCUGAGCGGUUUUUGUGUGUAUACAGUUUCAAGGCUGACCGUUCUGCACUGGACAAGUGAGGGGGCUGGUCCCUAGUGAAGGUAAAUUCUUUCUCCCAGGAGUCAUUAUUUGCCUGUAGUUCUUCAUGAAUGGGACCCUGGGAAAAAUUUCCCCUUGUACAUUAGCAUGUCCAUUGAUGCCGCCUUGUUAAGCCUUGCUUAUGCAGUGGUUUCUGUCUUCUUUAAGCUUGUGCUGUUCCAACUCCUCUCAUUGUCUUUUUGCCUGUCCUGAUGCUAUUAGACUUCUCAUGGAGCUUGUUUUUCAUUUCCAGUCUUUCAGGUUGGUUUGUCUUCACUAUUUUUGUUAUUGUUUUUCUUGACUUCUUUAGUAUUUUGCAUUACCUUAUCUCAUUCAGCUUAUUUAUGUUCCAAGUAAGUUUAUUCUUUGAAUAUGUUCACAGUCAUUCUUUUGAGUUCUCUCUGGGAUCUCAUCUAACACACGCUCACAAGAUGCCAUGAUUGUCCAUCUAGUAAUUCCUGGAGUUGUCUUGGUGUGUGUUUAUUCCAUGUGUAUGCAUCUGUUAUUCUUUCCUUGGUUUUAUCAUAUAUACUAUGUCUAUGUAAUGACUGUAAAAUCUUGUCUUAAGAUUAAAAAUCUUGGUGUUGGGGAUUUAGCUCAGUGGUAGAGCGCUUGCCUAGCAAGCGCAAGGCCCUGGGUUCGGUCCCCAGCUCCGAAAAAAAAGAAAAAAGAAAAAAAAAAGAUUAAAAAUCUUAUAUCUCAUUUCUCUUGUUACUAGUAAAGUUGGUUGUUUCUGUUUUUAAUUAAAAUAUAAUUGUAUCAUUUCCUCCCUUUCCUUCCUGCCCCUGUCAUGUCAUUUUGUACCUCCCACUUUCAUAUUGAUGGCCUCUAUGAUGUUGCACACAUGCACAAAACUAUAUAAAUACAACCUUCUGAGUCUGUACUACUUAUGAAUAUGACUUCAGGGCUGACCACUUAAAUCAACUAAUUGGGGCCCAUCCCUGGAAAAGAACAAUUGUCCCUUUCUCUGGAAUCAUUAAUUGCCUAUAGUUCAUUGUCGGUGCGUAGGGCCCUGAAAGACUUUCCUCCUCCCAUGUUAGUAUGCCUAUUGGUAUUUACUUCUUUGGGUACUGUUUAAGUAGCAAGGGGGAUAGCUACCCUGUUGUUUCUAGGAGACAGAGUCUCAAAGAUUUCCUGCUCCUCUGCCUCUUGCUAUCCUCUCACCACUUCUCCUCCAAGCCUUUCAUGCAGGAGGCUGUAGACGUAUCCAUGAGUCUGAGCACCUUAAAAUCAGCUGACCUCUGCAGUUUGACCAGUUGUGGCUUUCUGACCUCUGUCUGCUGCAAAGAGCUUUAAAUUAUAUCUAUUGGAGUCCACAGGCAUCAUAUCUAGGUAGAGAGCUACUGUCUGGUACAAUGAUGUUUGAUCUAGGAGAGGAGCUUUUGGAUCAGAUCCUACUUGAAUCUUCUGAGGUCUGGGUCCUACAUGUGUGGAGUCUUCAGCAUCAGGGGCUUACCUUAAACCUCUGAGAGGCAACCGUAGUCACAUCAAUAGCCUCUAUUGUUAUAAGAGUGAGUCUCUUGUCUUCCCCUAACUACUCAAAAGGAGGUUUCUCAUGCCUGCUACUAGGGUUCUUUUAGUCUAUGGCUCUUGUGAGAAGCAUUGUCUAUAUACACAUACUAUACGUCUUGUCAUCUUAGAUAAAUAUAAUACAGAAUAAUUCUAAAAGGCUUUUAGCAAGCAUCAUUCAAUUUAGUUUCCCUUUUCCCCAUGUGGUUCUAAGUUUUGUCAAGUGGACAGCAAAAACAACUUACACACUUUGUCAGAAGUGUCAACCCCCAGUCACAAAGGACUUUUCCCACCUUUUAAAGGUCCAGUCUUCUUUUUUUUUUUUCAAAAUAAGAAAAUCUUACUAAUUUUUUUUUUUUUUUUUAUUAACUUGAGUAUUUCUUAUAUACAUUUCGAGUGUUAUUCCCUUUCCCGGUUGGUUUCCGGGCAAACAUCCCCCUCCCCCCUCCCCUUCCUUAUGGGUAUUCCCCUCCCAACCCUCCCCACAUUGCCGCCCUCCCCGCAACAGUCUAGUUCACUGGGGGUUCAGUCUUAGCAGGACCCAGGGCUUCCCCUUCCACUGGUGCUCUUACUAAGGUCCAGUCUUCUAAUACUGCCAAUCUCAGCUUCAGGGCCCUACAUAUGAGUAAUUUGGGAAAGAUUUCCAAGAUGUUUACUCCAGUGCAGAUCUGAAGUUUUAAGUUUGUGUAGAUGACUGUUUGAGACAUCAUUAUGUAGCCUUGGAAGAUGUAGACCAUGCUUUCUCUAAACUUUGCUUUCCAAAUGCUGGGAUUGCAGGAGUGUACUACCAUGCCCAGUAUAUUGUUGAAGGCUUAAACAAAGUAAGCUUUCAUGCUACUGUCCUAAUGCUGUUAACUCACGUGGAGUGGAAGAAGUUUUGAGUGUGUGCUGGUAACUAAUGAAGCGCCUCCUACCGGCUGGACGAGUGCUCACCACUGAGUUGCAUCUCUAUCAUGAGCCAUGUUAAAAACAGUAAUUUCAUAAAAGCCAAAUUCACUUGGUUUUUUUUGUUUUGUUUUGUUUUGUUUUGUUUUCAGCUCCCCUGAAGAAAUCUCCACAUGUGCGCAAGUAACUCAUCAAAAGGCUGAGGAAAUCUAUAAAUAUAUUCACUAUACAUUUGAUAUGCAAAUGUUACCAAAUGAUCUUACUCAGGAAAGACAGAAAUCAGAAACAUGCUCGACACUCUGAGUCACUACGAAAGAACUCUCAUAAUGCUAAUAUAUUUCAAUAAUCAUUGUAGUUUGUGAUUACCAGUUUAAAAUAUGUAAAUAUUUCAUCUCUUAAUGAUCUUUACAUUGUAUACUUUUUUAUUUAUAAACUAUAUAAUUUAUUUUUAAAAGGAAAUCUUUGAUAUUCCACAAUCAUUUUGAUUAGACCAAAACAAAUUUUUACUGAAUAAAUCAAGACUGUGUGAAGUGA